AUGGUUCAGGCUGUAACAGUCUCAGCCACUGGCAUAACUCACACGGAUGAAUUCCUUGUUGAAGAGAGCGUGCUAGAGAAUCUCAAUAAGAAAAGGGAAGAAAAAGAGGUCUCCCUUGGAACUGGCUUCAAAUUCUACAUCAAAAUUGAGAACAAAUAUCGCCUAGAAAUCAGGGUAGAAGCAAAAAUCACCAUCAGGGACAACUGUUUGACAAUGGGCCCACCUGAAACGGACGCCUGCGUCAGGUUGUGGUUGCUGAAGACUGAAAUGAGGAAUCCCAUAAUCAAACGGCUGAUUCGACUGCUGCGAGACUGUGAUGAAACGUACAUUCCAACUGGAUUCAAAAUCAAGGACGUAUUAAAAGUGAAAAUGGAUCCACUGAUCUGUGACGUUGAUGUUGAGCUGAAUGUGUCAUUUGAUCCAGUUAAGAAAGGAGGUGUUGCGUACGAAAAGAGUGUCAAGUGCAGUACGUCAGCACCAAGGAAGCAGAGUCUGAAGAAAAUGAGGGAGCCAUUGACUGUUUUCCUCAAAUCACUCUAUGGAAUGCAGCAUACGGCGUAUGUUGAGGUUACUGCAGCUGAUGCAGUUGAUGGACCAUCUGAUCAGACUGAAUCAGAAGGAAGCGAGAGUUCCUACACGCUUGCAAUCGAUUCAGGUGACAUCCUGGAUGACUUGUCAGGGCACUCAGAGUCAAAAGAGAAGGAUUCGAUGGCCAUGCUCCAUUUGUUGAAGAGGUGCAUUUUUGAGGUCAGUUUCAACACGAAAGCAGGCAACAACGAGUUCAUUGAGGGUGAUUCUGACUCAUCGUACCACUUGAACACCUUGUUUGGGUCCAACUCGGGUGAACGAAGUGGAUACAGCGAGACGAGUGUCUAA